AUGCCCGAUCAAAUUGCAGCUCACUGCGGGUUCCAGCCCGAGCCCGUCCUUUAUGGUUUCCAGACUGAUCUCCUUUGUCCUGAAAUCACAACCAAAAGAAGUGUGAGCAUUUGGCCGGUCUGUCUGGCCGGCCCGAGGUCGAUUCUAACGUUGUUCGUCAAGUCCUCAAACCUUGACCGUUCGCCCGCGGGGGCGUCGUCAGCCCCCGCUACGACAACCGCAUUCACGAGUCAUGGACUGGGGGGAGAGCUGAAGGGGUUUGACUUUGACAUCGGAAGAGGAUUUUCUGGUGACGCCAAUGUCGCAAGUUGGCUACGUUCGAUUGACCCGGCGGACCUUUUGGCAUCUCUGUGUGCGCCGUUGGACUGGGAAGAAUGGGAGGGUGCCCCGGACUCUGAGGCGGAGCUGCCAUUCUCGAGCUCGGACAGGAUGGGCUCGUGUCCGCAAAUGACGCCGACCCUGUUGGGGUCCAGCUCUGGAGGGUCCCCGAAUAACCAGUCCGUGUCAUGGGCCGGCAGCAGCCCAGCUGUCGCUCGUCAAUCUGAGGGCUUGGGCAGUGGGUAUCAGUGUGCUGAUUGUGGCAACGUGUAUGACACCCGCGUGCAGCUCUCAAAACGCCACAAACCCAAGCAGCCCUGUCCCUUCGCGGGUGUCGGGUGUAAAGCGGAGUUCAGCGUUCGCGCAGAGCUGACGCGACACAUGAACUCCGGCCAGCACGGCGGCGGCAAGAAUGUGGAGUGUCCACGAUGCCACAAGAGGUUCACCAAUCGGAUACACAACAUGCGACGGCACCAGAAAUCAGGAGCUUGCAAGCCCAGUGGAUAA